UGUUUGGAGAGAUUGGGAUGGGUGAUAUAAUAGAGUGAGAGUAAUUUAUUAUCUGAACAUCUACAAAGUUCUGACCGCGCUCUACUUUUCUUGGAUUGAGUUACUCUGAUCGGCGUCUGGUUGAGGUUCAAUCUCGGAAUCUCCAUUGCAGUUACUCUCAUGGCUUCCAAUUCGACGAAGGAUGUUGCUGCUGAUGAGAAGACAGCUUUGUCAGAUAACAAAAGUGCCAUAAGUGAAACCAAAAGUGAAACAACCAAAAGCGAAACAUCCUCUGCAGAGCAGCAGCCAGAUAAACCAAAGGCUCCCUCAGCCUCACUUCCUGAAUUUCCUCCAAAUCCUUUUGAUUUCUCAGCAAUGACUGGUUUGCUUAACGAUCCUAGCAUUCAAGAAUUAGCUUCUCAAAUAGCAGAAGAUCCUGCAUUCACUCAGAUGGCAUCAGAACUUCAGAAGAAUUUUCAAGGUGCUUCUGCUCAGCAGGGUAUUCCGCAGUUUGAUACGCAACAAUACUAUUCUACCAUGCAGCAGGUCAUGCAGAAUCCUCAAUUUAUGACAAUGGCUGAACGCCUUGGCAAUACAUUAAUGCAGGAUCCAUCCAUGUCUAGCAUGCUGGAAACUUUUGCAAACCCAUCCAAUAAAGAGCAGCUUGAGGAACGUAUGACACAAAUCAAGCAAGAUCCAACUUUGAAGCCUAUUUUAGAUGAAAUAGAGACUGGUGGUCCAGCUGCCAUGAUGAGGUACUGGAAUGACAGAGAUGUCUUGAAAAAGUUGGGCGAAGCAAUGGGUUUUGCAGUUAAUGGAGAAGAUGGAGCCAAUGCUGAAAGUUCUGUUGCAGAUGAUUCAGAAGAAGUAGGAAAUGAUGACGAAUCUAUAGUUCAUCAAACUGCUAGUGUUGGUGAUGUCGAGGGCUUAAAAAAUGCACUAGCAGCCGGUGAGAACAAGGAUGAAGAAGAUUCAGAGGGAAGGACCGCUUUGCAUUUUGCAUGUGGGUAUGGUGAGGCGAAAUGCGCUCAGAUCCUUCUUGAAGCUGGAGUGAAGGUGGAUGCACUGGAUAAGAACAAGAACACUGCACUUCAUUAUGCAGCUGGUUAUGGCAGGAAGGAGUGUGUUGCACUGUUACUCGAGAAUGGCGCUGCAGUCACUCUCCAAAACUUGGAUGGAAAGACCCCCAUAGAUGUUGCCAAGCUAAACAACCAACACGAGGUGCUCAAAUUGCUCGAGAAGGACGUUUUCCUGUAACUUUUGAAGCCAUGGGAAAGAUUUUGUGCCAUAACUCAAGCACGCACGCCACGGGCACAGGCAUUUCUAUGAUUCUAGCUUUAUCUACUUUUGAAAACGCUACUGCUUACUUCAAGUGAUGUGAUUUUCAUUAGAAUGAUAUAUAUAUAUAUAUAUAUAUAUAUAUAUAAUCAGUGAGACUAAAUCCGUUCUA